UCCAGAGGUGUGCUAGUAGCCUCAGGUAUUGAUCUUGAAGCUCUACAACAGCGCCUAGCCAUAGAUACCACAAAUAUUGGUGCUCACACUACAGAUAACCAGCUCUCCCUCCUGCAACAACGAACAAACGCGCUCCACCGUCGUAUCGAGCAAUGGGUGCAGGUACAAACCCUAUAUAUGCCAUGCGUCGCCCGCCUGCAAACUGAGUCACCUGAUGCGCCCAAUGUGCCUGAAGAAGCAGUCCAUCAUAUAAAAUUAUUCAUGCCUUCGGCUGUGGCGAAUCUGGGUAUAGCGUGCAAUGUCAACCUUUGUCACAUUGAGUGGAAGCUGCACUGUGCCCAGGCACACGAUGGUCUGCAAGAACUUCGUCAACAUCUACGACUCAAACGGCACCUCACUGGCUUCAAAAGGGACUGGAUUAGAGGACAACGAGCACAUACAAGGUCACAGGCUGUCAUCGAUACUGUUCAGCUCAAGGUAGACGGCGCAGCUACAAAGUAUCGUACAGCUUGGACUGCCCUCGAGUCCCUCAGUGUCAAGCUCUCGAAACUCACGUGGGAGGUUGAGUUUCCGAAACUCAAUGAUGGCAUGAUGGAAGGACAGGCAGGAGGUGAAGCAGAAACAGAAGGUCGAAGGCUAGUGUCUGUGUCUUGGAUCUGGAAGCAACGUCAUGGUGCAGGUGAAGAAGAGCUUUCAGAAGUCAUGCGUGUCGAAUGGUGCAAAGCAUGGGCACGUGCUAACCGAUGGGCUGAAGAGGUUGCCAUGCUCUUGCAGGAGGAGAUGCGGCAUGUUAUUACAUACUUUGAUUGGCACACUAAGUGGUGGGAUGAACACGCAGUUUCCAGAAGCGAUUUUGCAGUCACAGAGAAUGAGGCACUUGUCGCAUAUGCUUCCCGGCAAGCGAAUAUCUGGUGUUCCAUGCGCGACCACUGUCUUUCUUUGUGGUCCGUGGUUCCUGAUCUCCUCGCCUGGUCAACAAUAUUGUGCAUCUAA